AUGGGGUCCAUGAUAAGAGACGCCAGUGUUCUAGUCUUUGAUCAUCAUGAUAAUGGUGCUGGAAUCUCACUGCUGGUUUUGAAUGUGUACUUCGUUGACAACAACAGCUGGACUAGUGUGUCACACUUGGCUCUUGGCAUCUCUACUCACGCAGAUGAGCAGAUUCCUCUCUUCCUUCUUUUUCCACUCAUGUCUAUAAUCAUUUCUGGCAUGUUCAUCAUUGCACCCACUGUCUCUGCUCCUCAGCUUCACAGUUCCAUAUAUGUCUUCCUCAGUAACUUGACCUUGACAGACAACUGCUUCACCUCUACCACAAUUCCCAAGACACUGCAGAACAGUUUCUCCUCCUCAAAGGCCAUUUCCUACAUGGGUUGUUUAAUCCAAAUUUAUGUCUUCAUUUGCUUUGCAGCCAUGGAAAGCUUCCUCCUGGUGACGAUGAUCUAUGACAGGUACAUUGCCAUCUGUCACCCUCUCAGCUACCCCACAAUACUAAUUGGAGGUCUGUGUACACAGAUGGUGGCUCUGUGCCAUGUCCUCUCCCACCUUCAUGCCCUGCUGUAUACCCUCCUUACAGGCAGACUCAACUUCUGUGCAGGUAACAGGAUCCCCCACUUCUUCUGUGACCUCUGUCCUAUGAUGAAGAUCUUCUGCACCAGCAUCCAACUCAACAACUUGAUGAUUCCUACAGAAAUAGUGAUAGUCAUCCAUGGAGCUCUGGUCUUCAUCUUCGCCUCCUAUGUCUUCAUCAUAUCAGCAGUCCUCCAGAUUACCUCUGCCAAGAAGAGUGAAGCCUUUUCCCACCUCACCAUGGUAGCUGUAUUCUAUGGCACCAUCACAUGGAUCUAUUUCAGCCCCUUUCCAGCUACUCAUGACCGAGGAUGCAUUGUGACAGACAUGUACACAGUGGUGACUCCUAUUUUGAACCCCUUCAUCUACAACUUGAGGAAUGGAGAUGUCAAGGAAACUUUCAGGAAAUGGAUGAAAUGA